CCGAAAUCUCUGAAAUUACCUUAUUCAACCUUCUGGGAAGAUGUUCUAUGCGAUACCAUGGCAGGCUGAUUAAGAUGUCAAUUGAUCCAGGAACGAUGAUUCAAUUGCGGCAAUGGGUCACAUGUAUUAAGGAAGUCGAACAAAGAAAUGGAACCGAUUCAGACACAACAAAUGAUGUGGAUGACAAUGCAGCACCUUUGGCAUCACAUAACAAGACCUAUAAAAAGUUGGAGUGUCAGUUGAAAGAGGAGAAGUGCUACAACAACUUGUCAAUGAGUGGAACGUCAUCGUAA